ACCGAACAUUCAUCAUUGGUCUCAUUGAGAAACUCACCAACUUCACUCAUCAAACAACACUGCCUACCUGAAUUUGGUCUGAUCACGAGACUCGCGUGAGGUUGGAAGGGACAGAGAGCUUGGAAAGCCCCAAUUGUUGCGGUAGCCCACUUGCUUUGGCAUAAAUCCAUCGUCACCUGCUGCCUUUGUUGGUCCUUGGUCGUUUUCGAUCAACUCUCCAUCUCUCCAUCUCCCAAUCGCUCACUUCCGACCCCCAGACGUGACAUUCACAUUCACAACACUACACAUCCCCGUGCCAUCGCUCCCACGUAUCAAUAUCUUGAUUGCCUCUACAUAUUUCAACAAGUAGCAUCUACCCAACUAUUCUGCAGGCAAUUGCCCAAUUCCCACACACAAUGUCGACCCGACAACCAUCUCGUGUUGUGUUCGUGGGGAAUAUUCCCUAUGGCUUGACGGAAGAGCAAAUCACAGAAAUCUUUAGUGGUGCAGGGAGAGUGCUGAACUUCAGACUCGUUUACGAUCGUGAAACUGGUCGCCCCAAAGGAUUUGGCUUCGCUGAAUUUCCAGACUACGACUCCGCAGCUUCAGCGGUCAGGAAUCUCAACGACCACGAAAUCAUGGGUCGCAAACUGCGUGUCGACUUCAGCAAUGAGACGGUCAGCGAUGAGGACAAUCGCGAUCGCGAUGGCGCAACCGGUGCCAGCGGCGCCAACUACCCCAACCCCGCCGGCGCCAACGGCAGCGGCGCCAACGCGCCCCAAUCCUCAAUCCAGCCCGCCGGCGCAGGCGGUUCCUCCCUACCGCCGCUCCCGCAGGGCAAGGACCUGCCGCCGGGGGUGUCGUGCACCGACGCCAUCUCGCGCACGCUCAACACGCUCCCGCCCGCCCAGCUGCUCGACAUCCUGCAGCAGAUGAAGACGCUCGCCACCUCGGACCCGGCCCGCGCCACCGAGCUGCUCGCCCAGGCGCCCCAGCUCAGCUACGCCAUCUUCCAGGCCCUCCUCAUCAUGGGCCUCGUCUCCCCCGACGCCAUCAACUCGGUCGUCGAGCCCGGCACCGCCCCCAUCCCCGCCGCGGCGGCCUACGGCAGUGGCGCCCCGGCCACCGGCACGCCCCCCGUCGCCGCACCCGGCGGUUACGCCCCACCUCCCCCGCAGGCCGCGCCCGUUGCCGCCAUCCCGCCGCCGGCCGCUGCUGCUCCUCCUGCCCAGCAGGCCCCGCCCGCGGGCCAGGACCCGGAGGCGCUCAUGCGCGCCGUCAUGGAGCUGCCGCAGGAGACGAUCGACCAGCUGCCGGAGGCGGAGCGCCAGCAGAUCAUGGCUCUGCGGGCGAGCUACGCGGCGCAGACGCGUCGCUAA